UAUCCCUUAAAUCCUAGCAAUGCUAGAACUCCUUCAAAAUGCAUUGAAACGUACACAAUUCUCUUCAACGGCACGAAGAUGGCUCCAUUCCUCUGGCAUUGCUCAGGCUACUGAGGCUCAAACAACUUCAUCUACAUCCUCACCACCGAGCAAAUGGACACCACAUUCCGUACGAACGGGUCUUAUUGCUCGUAAGCGUGGUAUGACAGCAUUAUGGGACCAACACGGUGCAAGGUGUCCUGUGACGGUUCUCCAACUGGAGAACUGCCAAGUAACAGCGAACAUCAAAACCGUCCGCAAUGAUAAAUCAGAGUACCAUGCCGUACAAGUGGGUGCGUCGGAUAGACCCGAACGGACGACAGACAACGCAAUGCGGGGGCAUUUCCGAAAGGCGAAUGUUCCGAUGAAGUACAUUGUGAAGGAGUUCCCCGUCACACCGGAUGCUCAUGUCCCAGUUGGAACGGCGCUUUCUGCGUUUCAUUUCGUUCCGGGGCAGUAUGUCGAUGUAAUUGCAAACUCUAUUGGGAAAGGUUUCCAAGGAGGGAUGAAACGAUGGGGCUUCCGAGGUCUACGCGCAAGUCACGGUGUAUCCGUCUCACAUCGCAAAAUCGGUGCAACAGGUGGUCACCAGGACCCAGGACGAGUCUGGCCAGGCAAGAAAAUGGCGGGCCGAAUGGGCGGCAAACGCAUAACUCAACAAAACCUAGAAGUCGUGCGUAUCGAUACCUCCCUAGACCUCAUCUUUGUGAAAGGCGCCGUCCCGGGCGUAGACGACGCACACGUACUCAUUCGUGACGCCAAGAAACACGUUCAACAACUUGCUGCAGCCAACUAUGCUAAAGGUCUAGAUGAGAAGGUCUUACCUAAGGGUGUUGUGGACUUGCCCUUCCCGGCUGGGACGAAGGAGAUGGCCAAGGCUUAUGCGAGUGUGAUCGCUGCACCGAGUAAGCGUGUUACGAGCCCAUUUGCUCCGAGAGAUUAGAAUAGACGGAGAGCAGAGGAUAUAUUUGUGGUUGGGAGAUCUACUGCUUAAUUGACAAAUACUUUUAAUCGUGUUUAAUCGCAACUUUGGUAUGAACC